UUUCCUUUUUUAGUUUCACAUUUAAUAUUUUUGUUACUGUUUUAAUUCGUCGUCUUUAUUCUUUUAUACCUUUUUUCCUUUAAUAUCACGCAAUUAAUGAACCCCUCCUAUUCAGUCAGCAGCAGCGCAGUAGACAAAAUAUCCCAACGACGGCGCCGGCGCCGUCGGCGCAUAAGCAAUAUGGGGCUAAUGUCCGUAGCCAGCAGCGGACAACUACGCAGCAUGCAUCAGCGCCAACACAGCUCAUCAACCAACAACAUGUCCUUGGCCGACUCCAUCUGCUCAAUAGAAACAGAAUUCAUGCCGCGAAUGAGCGGCGGAAUCGGACGGCCGAGCAUGGCGCAUAAAAACAGCAGGCCGUUUUUAGACACCGGGCUGAAGAUCCGCAAGCGGCUGAGGGAUUUGAAGCGCAGACUGCCGAUGGCGUCCAAGGGCGUGUAUGGGUCGAAGGGGAUUACAAACAAUAGCGUUGGCAGUUUUCUCAGCGACUCCAGUGACGUGUUUGUGGAUGCAAAGGGGGAUCCAGACUACAGGCUGCCACGCAACCUGAGGCCGUCGUCGUUGUUCCACCUGAGGGUGCGCUAUGACACUAUUCGCGUCGGCACAGGCGAUGGGCCCGCGGGGCAGGACCCCGGGUCAUUGGGGUGCUCUGGAUCCGGCACGGAUUUGGGCCGAAGCAGCGGCGUCGGCGGCAGGCUGGAUGACGGCUCCGGCGAGGAUACGAAGUUUGCCUUUUCGCCGUCCAUAACGUCAGUCAUCAACAAGCGCAUUGCGCCGACAGCGCCGCAUAACCUGCCGCCAAUGCCAGCGACUGCGCACCCAACCGGCCACUUUCCAUCAGGCAUCCGAUGCCCCGAGCCCGUGUCUGCGCCCAAGCAGGCGCUUCUGCUGAGCUACGACAUGGGUCGGCAGGAGGGCGGACUGCGGUCAAUCCAAACGGCCGUUGACAGCCUCCCAUACUGCUGCUGCUGCUCGCACCGCCACUUUAACAGCUACGGGGUGGUGAGUAAUAGCAGUUGGAACAGUAGCCGUGGGCAUCUGUCGCCGUUGCACUCGCUGAUGCCGUCGUUCACGGGAAAUGCCCAGUUUGUGCAUACGCAGGCGGGGCCGGCGCUGGAUAUUUCUGAGCCAAUGGGGAUGCCUCGGAUGUGCCCCUGCCACGGGCAGACAGAGAUGGGCGGAGAGGUUUGUGAGCCGCCGCUGCCGGCCAUGCGAAUUCGCUUACAGCCUCGGGCGGCUACGUCACCGUCGGUGGUGGCUGUCUACGGUGACUCGUCGGUUACUGAUGGAGGCUCCCAGGAUGGCGUGUCACGUACUGCGAAGAAAAGCGGACGAGUUGCAGAAAAAGGUAAAUACUGAAAUCGGUGUGAAUUAAUGCUUGCUCCACCCCACGCUU